AUGUCUUCGUUCCGCCCGGACGGCAGACUAGCGGCCGGGUCGACGAUUGAAGCAGCAGCAGGCAGAAGCGGUGCAGAAGCUUCUCCACGGCCACAGAACAGUUCGCACACCGAAGGACCGCCACGGCCGCAGCCUUUCCGAAGGUCAUCCCGGCUGGUCCUCCGACAGCAGCAUUCGGUCGAGCAAAUCCCGGAUGCGUUGGCCCUCAAAGCGCGCGGAUACCUCCUCGGACGCCGAAUGGCCAAAGGUACGUUCGCCACGGUUCUGCGGGCCAAAUUCUACGAGUCCAAAUCCCCCGGAGAUGGACCCACUCCGAAGCCAACCGAACUUGCCUGCAAGAUCAUCGACCAGAGCAAAUCCAAAGACGAACAGUUCCUGCAAAAGUUCCUCCCCCGAGAGUUGGAGAUCCUCGGCCAAAUCAGGCACCCCAACAUCAUCCAAACCCACAGCAUCAUGCGCCGAAAUAACCGAGUCUUCAUAUUUCUCCAACUGGCGGAACGGGGAGACCUGCUGACGUUCAUCCGGAAGCACGGAGCCCUGCCAGAAAACCGAACCCGAUUCUGGUUCUACCAAAUGGCCGACGCCGUCCGGUACCUCCACCGCCAAGACAUCGCCCAUCGGGACCUCAAGUGUGAAAACAUCCUCAUCUCCGCCAACAUGAACGUCAAGCUGUCCGACUUUGGAUUCGCGCGGACCUGCACGGACCCGUCGUCCGGCGCCGCCAUCAUGUCGAAAACGUUCUGCGGAUCGGCCGCCUACGCCGCUCCCGAAAUCAUCAGCACCACGCCGUACAACCCGAAGAUGGCGGACCUCUGGUCACUCGGCGUGGUCCUGUUCAUCAUGCUGAACGGAACGAUGCCGUUCGACGAGAAGAACCUCAAGAAGCUGCUGCGCAACCAGCUCGGCCGGCACAUCCAGUUUCGGCCGGAGGUGGAGAAAGUGUGCUCGCUCGAGGCCAUCCGGAUGGUGCGCAGCCUGCUGGAGCCGGAUCCGAUCGAUCGGAUCAACAUCGAGGAGGUGAUGGAGGAGCCGUGGAGAGCGAACGCUGUUGCGAAUAAAAAUUAG